GAGAGAGAGAGAGAGAGAGAGAGAGAGAGGUGGGAGAGAGCGGGGGAAGUUAGCGCUGCCUUUCGAGAAGCAAGCGAGAAGGAAAUAAUCACAAUGUUGCCCUCUUCAUGAAUUAUUAAGCAGCCCCUGCCUCGUUUAGCUCUGGUCAAAAAUGCUGCAUUUUCAUCCGUGGCUGUGAAGCGGAGAGCAGGGGCAGCGGAGGGUGUGUGUGUGUGUUUUUUUUGACAGCUGUAUUACUGCUGAUAAGCAGCACUCGCGCUGAUCCGGUUCUCCGACAAGAAGCAGCGGCGGCGGCGGCAGCGGCAGCAGCACCGGCAGAGGAGGGGGAAACGGCAGAAAGCUGGAAACUCAGGCAGUUUCUCGCAGUGCUGUAGAGGAAGCAGCAAAAGCAAGAAGCUGGAAACUCAGACUCAGUUUUCCAGCCUGACUACCGAGGACGUAACAGAGGCACGGAGGAAAAGCUGGGAACUCAGGCAGUUUUCUAGCCGAACAACUGUAGAACAGAGCAACAGAGGCAAGGAAGCUGCAAACUUGGGCAGUUUCUUGCAAGACUAUUUAAAAAGGAAAGCUGAAUAUUUGAGCAGCUGUCUUUCCUAAAAACAAAACAAAACUGAGGAAGGGUCGAAUGCUAGGAGCCUGAAAACUUGGGCAAUUUCUUGCAAGACUAUUCAGGAAGGAACGCUGAAUAUUUGAGCAUUGGUCUUUUCUUAAAACUGAGGAAAAAGACACAGAUGCAAGGGAAACUGGAGACUCAACUAAGGAAGCAGCAGAAGUGGGAAUACUGAAAUUUCUGACAUUUUUCUUGCCAAACAUCUGAGGAAGCAACAGAGGCAAGGAGGCUGGAAACUUGGGCUGUUUUGCCAGAUUAUUUAGUAUGGAAAGCUGAAUAUUUGAGCAGUUGUCUUUCCUUAAAACUUAGGAACUGAAGAAGCAACAGAAAUAGAAAUACUGCAAAUUCUGACAGUUUUCUUGUCAGACAUCUGAGAAAACAACAGAGAGUUUCCAAAGCAAUCUUUUCAGGACUUUUUCAGGCAGUUUUCUUUGCUUACAACUAAUACAGAAGCGAAGAAGUGGCAAACUCCUAAAGAAGAAGCAACCGAGGGAAAGCUGGAAACUUGGGCAGUUUUCUUUCCUUACUACUGAUAUAAAAGUGAAGGCAGGGAAGGGUAAAUUUCAGGCACACUACUAAAAAAGAUCCUUGCCAGACUAUAGACAAUAUAGACAAAGGAAAGCUGGCAGCUUGCAUACUUUUCUUUCCAGACUCCUGAGGAAGCAACUGAGGCAAGGAGCCUGUAAACUCAAGCAUUUCUUCAACGCCAAACAACAGAGGAAGACGUGGAGGAAGCAGGAAAGCUUGAAUUUCAUUUUGAGUUUCAUAUUCACACUACUAAGGAAGCAACAGAGGCAAGGAGUUGCAUGGAAACACUUUUUUUGGCAGUUUCCUAGCCAGAUUAUAGAAGAAGGAAAGCUGGAAGCUUGAACACUUUCUUUUCCAUCCUUUUUUCAGACUCCUGAGGAAGCAACUGAGGCACAGAGCCUGGAAACUCCAGCAGUGGAGGAAGGAAAGCUGUUAAAACUUGGACUCGACACUGCAGAAGGAAAAACCUGGAAACUGGAGACGGCUUCUUCUUCAGGCACAAUAGAGGAUAAAACAAAAGCGACCAGACUUGUAGAGGAAUAAACAGCUACAGCAGCAGCAGCAGAAGCAGCUUUGGCAAAUAUUCUCUCUAUUUUCUUUCUGGAGUUGAGAUCUUGUUUUCUGCCAGAGCUCUCUCUCUUUGGAACAGAACAAAAGGAUCAGGGAACACGGUGCGUUGGAUCAGGGCUGAAAAAGCCGUCAUCCAAAAAGCACCCUGUCCAAAGCAGACCUGGCUGCCCACAUGCCGAUCGAAUUCGUGUGCAAGAUCAAGUUUGCCGAGGAGGACGAGAAGCAGAAAAAGGGCAAAAAGCAGCAGGAUGGGGACAGGGAAAGCCUGAUCGAGGAGAGCUGCAGCCCUCCAGCCAAAGAUCUGGCCAGUUUUGCCAACUCCUGCUCCCUCCAUGGGAUUAACCACAUCUUCGUUUCUGGGCGACUAGGGGUCCGGCAGACCCUUUGGGCUUUGGCCUUUUUGGCGUCCUUGGCGCUGUUCCUUUACCAAGCUGCCAAGUGUGCCAUCUCCUACCUGGAGCAUCCACACGUCACGGCACUGAACGAGGAAGCCACGCCGGAGAUGGUCUUCCCUGCCGUUACCAUCUGCAACAUCAACCGUUUCCGCUUCUCUGCUCUUACGGAUGCUGAUAUUUACCACCUGGCCAACCUCACGGGCCUGCCGCCCAAAAACAAAGAUGGACACAAGCCCACGGACCUGGAGUACCCCGCGCCAGACAUGCAGGACAUUUUCAACCGUACAGGACACCAGCUGGACGAGAUGCUCAAGAGCUGCAAUUUCAGUGGACAGAACUGCUCGGCCGAGGACUUCUCCGUGGUCUACACGAGGUACGGGAAAUGCUACACGUUCAACGGGAACAAGACGACGUCCAGGAAGACGAAGCAGGGCGGGAUGGGGAACGGCCUGGAGAUCAUGCUGGACAUCCAACAGGACGAGUACCUGCCCAUCUGGAGGGAGACGAAUGAGACGUCUCUGGAGGCGGGGAUUCGUGUUCAGAUCCACAGUCAGGACGAGCCUCCGUAUAUCCACCAGCUGGGUUUCGGGGUCUCGCCGGGGUUUCAGACGUUUGUUUCCUGUCAGGAGCAAAGACUGACCUACCUGCCGCAGCCGUGGGGAAACUGUCGCUCCUCCACUGAGCAGUUAAUUCCGGGUUAUGAUACCUACAGCAUCAGCGCCUGUCGCCUGCACUGCGAGACCCAAGCGGUUCAGCAGGAGUGUCAGUGCCGGAUGGUCCACAUGCCAGGAACUGACGAUAUCUGCCCUCCCAACAAAAUCAAGUGUGUAGACCGAGCGUUGGCUCUGUUACAGAAGAGUUCGGGGGACUCGUGUCCGUGUGAAACUCCCUGUAAUCUGACUCGGUACGGUAAAGAACUUUCCAUGGUGAAGAUUCCCAGUAAAGGAUCAGCUCGAUACCUGAGCAGAAAAUACCACAAAUCAGAGGAUUACAUCAGAGAUAAUUUCCUGGUUCUGGAUAUUUUCUUUGAAGCUCUGAACUAUGAAACAAUAGAGCAGAAGAAAGCGUAUGAUGUUGCAGGAUUAUUAGGUGAUAUAGGUGGGCAGAUGGGGCUGUUUAUAGGAGCCAGUAUUCUCACAGUGCUGGAGAUCCUCGACUACAUUUACGAGGUGGUGAAGCGCAGGUUGCAGCGAGCUCUGAAGCCUCAGAAGGAUCAGAAUCCUCCGUCUCAGCAGAAAUCUCCGCCGGCCGGCAGCACUGUGGCUACGGUCAAACUGGAGGACAUGAAGAGCAAGGAAGUCACUGAGCGAGGGCACAGCGAGGGAGCGUACGCCAACACCAUCCUACCCAACCACCACCACCAUCUCCACCUGCACCACAGCCGCCGGACGCCCUUCGAGGACUUCGCCUGCUAGGGUCCGCCAACGAGCACAGCUGGAGCACAGCUGGAGCACAGCUGGAGCACAGCUGGACCACAAUAGACACUCUGUCUGUCUCUCUCUCUCUGAUCUCAGUGCUAUCUCCCUCUCUCUCACUGUCACCAGUGAAAGCUACAGCCAAAGUUACAGAACUCCAAACCCUGUGCUUGAGCCCACAGUGUGUGUGUGUGUGUGUGUGUGUGUGUAUUAUGUGUGUGUGUGUGUGUGUGUGUGUGAUCAGGCAUGGGCUGGACGCUGCGUUUGCUGUCCGGACGGAGACUCUUCACCUGCUCUUCAUCCUCCUUUCCUUCUCUCUCUCCUCCUGCACUCGUCCUCCUCCUCCUCACUCCAUCGUUCCUCCACCCUUACUGUUAUAAUGAGCCUCUAUAUGAAUCCAAUGCAAUGAACUCCAGCAGGUUCUUCACUCCGCGGUUCCUUUCUAAGAUUCUCUGAGCUUCUCAGAGGUUCUCGUGAGUUCUCAGAGGUUCUCUGAGGCUCUCUGAGCUUCUCAGAGGUUAUCGGUGCUUCUCAGAGGUUCCUAGAGCUUCUCUAAGGUUCUCUGAGCUUCUCAGAGGUUCUCGGGAGUUCUUUUAGGCUCUCUGAGCUUCUCAGAGGUUCUUGGGAGUUUUCAGAGGUUCUCGGAGGUUCUUUUAGGCUCUCUGAGCUUCUCAGAGGUUCUCGGUGCUUCUCAGAGGUUCUCGGGAGUUCUCUGAGCUUCUUAGAGGUUCUCUGAGGUUCACAGAGCUUCUCAGAGCUUCUCAGAGGUUCACGGGAGUUCUCUUUACAUUCCUGGAGGUUUUGGGAGCUUCUCAGAUGUUCUUAGAGGUUCACGAGAGUUCUCAGAAGUUCUCGGGGGUUCUCAGACCUUCUCAGAGGUUCCCAGAGGUUCUCGGGAGUUCUCUGAGCUCAUCAGAGCUUCUCGGUGCUUCUCAGAGUUUCUGGGGAGUUCUCAGAGCUUCUCAGAGGUUCUCUGAGGCUCUCUGAGCUUCUCAGAGCUUCUCGGUGAUUCUCAGAGGUUCUCAGUGCUUCUCAGAGGUUCUCGGAGCUUUUCAGAGGUUUUCA